AUGUCGCCGUCUCCUUCCUCGCCGUCCUCCCCGUCCGGAGGAGAUCAGGCGACAGCGGCGGAGGAGGACGUUGCGGCUGCGGGCGGGGGCUGCGAACACGCGCAGGACUCGCCGAGCGGCGGCGACGGCUGCGCCUGCGACGAGUUCCGGAUGUACGCGUUCAAGGUACGGGCCUGCACGCGCGGCCGGGGUCACGACUGGACGAGCUGUCCCUUCGCCCACGCCGGGGAGAAGGCCCGACGGCGUGACCCGCGGCUCUUCCGCUACUCGGGAAGCGCAUGUCAGGAGUACCGCCGGGAGGGGAGCUGCCCGCGCGGCGACGCCUGCGGGUUCGCGCACGGCGUCUUCGAGUGCUGGCUCCACCCCGAUCGGUACCGCACCAUGCCCUGCAGGGACGGCCGCGCCUGCUGCCGCAAGGUCUGCUUCUUCGCCCACUCCCCCCGCGAGCUCCGCGUUCCCCGUGAAGUAGGGGCCGCUGCUCCUUCCUCGUCUUCUUGUUCCUCCUCCUCCGCCGCCGUCGUCGCGCUGGUCGCGCCGGGCGGGGGCGAAGAUGGCCGGUGCAAUCAGGUCACCUUCCGAGGGGUCGCCGGCGGUGGCACCGUGUGGCCGGACCUUGGCUGGGUGGAGGAGCUGGUCAUGUAG